AUGUUUACUGCUUUUCUUUCUUUCUUUCAACUUUCAUUUAUCUAUCUACAUAUUCCAUAUCUAUCUAUCUAUCUAUCUAUCUAUCUCUAUCUAUCUAUCUAUCUAUAUCAGGUAAGUUCUCCCUUUAUCUAUCUAUCUAUCUUAUAUAUCUAUCUAUCUAUCUAUCUAUCUAUCUAUCUAUCUAUCUAUCCAUCUGUCUCCUAUCUAUCCUAUGUCUAUCUGCCUUAUCUAUCUAUCUAUCUAGCUAGCUGGCUAGGCUAUUCUAUCUGCCUAUUCUUCUAUUUAUAUCCAAGUCUCUCUUUAUCUAUCUAUUCAUUCUAUCUAUCUAUCUAUCUAUCUGUACAUAUCUGUCUAUCAUCUAUCUAUCUAUCUAUCUAUCUAUCUAUCUAUCUAGUGCCUUUAUCUAUCUAUCUAUCUAUCUAUCUAUCUAUCUACGUCUAUCUAUAUGUCUGUCCUUAUCUAUCUAUCUAUCUAUCUAUCUCUAAGUCUGACUUUAUCUAUCUAUCUAUCUACGUCUGUCUAUCUAUCUAUCUAUCUAUCUAUCUAUCUAUCUAUCUCUUCAGACAAAUCUUCUAUAUUCUUUUGCUUGCUUCAAUCACUUGUUUAUUUUUCUCUUUCAUUUUUAAAUCCUCUUCUUUCUUUCUUUCUUUCUUUCUUUCUUUCUUUCUUUCUUUCUUUCUUUCUUUCUUUUUUUUCUGA